GUUCGAGCCAAUUAAAGCUUUCAAUAUUUGUGAUCACAUGCACCAUGGCCCCCCUAGUAGACAUAUUUCUUCUUCGGGAGCUUGCUACAGCCAUUAUCCUCUUCUUCAUCACCCGCUUUUCCGUUCGUUCACUCCUCCGAAAUUCUAAUCGGAAACUUCCACCGGGCCCUAAAGGGUGGCCGGUUAUAGGUGCCCUUCCACUUCUAGGAUCCAUGCCUCAUGUCACAUUGGCUAACAUGGCCAAAAAAUAUGGACCCGUCAUGUACCUGAAAAUGGGCACGUGUAACAUGGUUGUCGCCUCUACACCGGAUGCCGCACGAGCGUUUCUCAAAACCCUAGACAUAAAUUUCUCCAACCGUCCGCCAAAUGCCGGCGCAACCCAUUUAGCAUAUGAUGCUCAGGACAUGGUGUUUGCUGAUUACGGGCAAAGGUGGAAGUUGCUUAGAAAGUUAAGCAACCUACACAUGCUCGGAGGGAAAGCUCUUGACGACUGGGCUCAGGUUCGAACAGUAGAGCUAGGCCACAUGCUUAGAGCGAUGAAAGAGUCGAGCAAGCAAGGGGAGGCGGUGGUAGUGCCGGAGAUGUUGACUUAUGCGAUGGCGAACAUGAUCGGGCAAGUGAUACUCAGCCGCCGAGUGUUCGUGACAAAGGGGGAGGAGUCUAACGAGUUUAAGGACAUGGUGGUGGAGCUGAUGACGUCGGCUGGGUUCUUCAACAUCGGCGAUUUCAUUCCUUCGAUUGCGUGGAUGGACUUGCAAGGGAUUGAGGGUGGAAUGAAGCGGCUGCAUAAACGGUUCGACGCGUUGCUGACGAAGAUGAUAGAGGAGCACACGGCUUCCGCUCAUGAGCGCAAGGGGAAGCCGGAUUUCUUAGACGUUGUCAUGGCUAACCGAGAAAACUCCGCCGGCGAGAGGCUUACUCUGACCAACAUUAAGGCCCUUCUGUUGAACUUAUUUACCGCCGGCACCGAUACAUCAUCGAGCAUAAUUGAAUGGGCACUUGCGGAGAUGUUAAACAACCCAAGCAUCCUCAAGCGGGCUCACGAGGAGAUGGAUCAAGUGAUCGGCAGGAGCCGCCGCCUGGAGGAAACAGACAUACAAAAGCUCCCAUAUCUCCAAGCCAUCUGCAAAGAAACCAUGCGAAAGCACCCCUCCACGCCGCUAAAUCUCCCGAGGGUCUCAACCACAGCAUGCGAAGUGGACGGCUACUACAUUCCCAAGAACACAAGGCUGAGUGUGAACAUAUGGGCAAUCGGGCGCGACCCCGACGUGUGGGAGAAGCCGCUGGAUUUCACGCCAGAGAGAUUUUUGAGUGGGAGAAACGCAAAGAUUGAUCCCAGAGGAAAUGAUUUCGAGUUGAUUCCUUUUGGGGCCGGGAGGAGGAUUUGUGCAGGAACGAGGAUGGGGAUUUUGCUGGUUGAGUACAUUCUUGGCACUUUGGUGCACUCUUUCGACUGGAAAUUGCCAAAUGGUGUUGAGCUAAACAUGGACGAGAGCUUUGGGCUGGCGCUGCAAAAAUCGGUGCCCCUUGCAGCAAUAGUUAGCCCACGGCUAUCUUCAACUGCAUAUGUUUCUUAAUUAAGCUAAAUUAUGGAGUUAUAUCAUCCUAAGCAUUGGCUUAGGAUUCCCCCUAAUUAGGUUUGCUUAAUUAAUAAGUUGGUAUAGCUAGCUAUCUCUAUCUAAUGCAUUUAUGAUAUUCUCCUUUCGAAAUUAAGUGAUGUUUCCCUCUAUGUUUAUCCUAUUGUCAAUAAAGUAAUUAUGAAUGUAUGAGGCUC